CGCCGAUGCCAUGGAAAAAACACGAUUAUACAAUAUUUUAGGAAAAUACGGAUUUGAAAACUCCCAGCUAGGUUCAACAUGUGUCUCAAGAUUGUGAAUCACACAAUGAUAUGUGAUGUGCGACCGGUGAUGCGUCACCCAUCUAUCCCAAACUCACACAUCGUCAACCCUUUCACAGUCCCAGAGGAUAAAUGCUGUGCAGCCAGCAACCCAAAGACCGACGAUGAUCUGCCAUGUCCCACACAUGGAUGUUGUCAGAUCACCGUCCGCUCGUUUCCGUGCGAGUGCGGCAAUACAGUCGGAUAUCACCGCUACACGAUCGCAAGACCGCCGUCUGCUUACACAAUUGAAACGGCCAAUAUCCCAAGUCGGGGAGUCUGGCGGAAGCUACAAAGCCUUGACGACAUUCCUAGCGCCGGUGCCAACGCUCAUCCUGCUCCAUCUGGAGAGCUACAGAUCGCGCGUCGGGGGUUCAACCAUGCCGUGGUGGAGCUCGGGAGAAUGGCAACACAGCUCGAAGUUGCUUCUAGGAAGAAAGGGUUGAAGGAGGCAAAUCUGAAGAAUGGUGCUCCGUAUGAGAAGCAGGUUCAGACUGCACGCGCUAAAUUAGAGCAAGUGGCAACUGUAGCUCGAGAUGUUCAGAAAGCGUAUUACACGUGGAUGCACAUGAAGAAUAAAUUUGAGCAGGCGGAAUACGGCAAGGUCUCUGCUGUUGAGAUGUCAGCUUGAACGAGAAAUACUGUUCUGCGAAGCGCUUGGAAGCGUCACGGAGCAUAGAUUUGAGUACAUAAAAUUAG